AUGCUCAAAACACGAAGUGGCAGAUUGCAUCCCGACGAGCUCCGCGCCACAACAAGCGAGUUCUUACCUAACUCCCGAGGAAAUAUUAUGGGUAUUUUCCUCAUGCUCGUCCUCAAGUGGUAUACCGAGUUCCAACAGCUUCUCAUCAUUCGCGACUCCAGAAAUCUGCUUGCCACCAAAACCUCCCUCGGCAAAAAAGAUUGCCAUUACAGCUCCAAUCGGUCGUACAAUAUGAGACCAGAGGAGAUAAGGAGGGAAGACUCGACCAAGGCCUCAGAUCAAAAGACACAUAAACCUCGCUUUGAUUUGAUUGACGAUGAUUCUGGUAUAUGCAAGUCGGAUGGCAUACCAAUUCUGGCUCAAAGCCGGGAAGGCCAAGGUCUGUGUCGAGAUGAAAUCCAAUCACUUAAGGCAAUGACCAAAACGGAAAACAUUAAUGAUUCUUAUCGGUAUCUUAACACACUACCGCCUCUGAAACCUGGACAAUUGCAUGCUACUACAGAAGAACUGGAUGACAGAGAAUCCUCUUAA